GAUGAGCCCUGCCAAUGAACUUUCUGCCAGCCAUCUCAGCUCACAAAGGGCGGUAACUGGGGAGGAGAGAAGCAUACUGCCACACACAAGACGAAAAAUCAGCGAGGAAGACACGAGUACAUCUGUACGUGGCCAAAGUCCUCACAAACAAAAAGAAAAAAUCAUUUCACAAUUUGAAAGAGCAGCUCCCAACGAAUCUUCUAACAAUGAGGACAAGGAAAAGGAGACAGAAAAGGAGAAGAAGCGAAUUCAUCUUCAAAAUGGCCGGAAGGAAACCGGAACUAUCUCUCCGUCUGGUCACAUGGUACUUACAGCAGAUAGUUCUCACAGGAAGUGGGAGAAAUCGGAAGCGGAAAUAAGUGCGUCUCUAUUACCACCGCACAACAGGAAAAGGGUUGGAUUAUAUUCAGACGCCGGUGGAUUUAAAAAGUCGUUAUUCGGAGUCGCUGAGAAAGAAACGAAACGUGGAGAGGAGGAGACGAGAGGGGCGGGGUUAUUGUGGCGUGCUGAUGGUCAAGAGUCCAGCCGGUCGGAGCGGGGUCCUGUGGGUGGGAGUGAGGACGGUGGAGGGAACAGCCGAGAUGACGGGUCUUCCGGGAAGUUGACAGGCCGACAGGACUUGUAUGUCAGGCUGAGACAG